AUGAAUAUCGACGCAAUUGAGUUCGAAGACCCACCACAAUUUAUCGCUUAUGUCUGUAGUAAGCUGAAUAUGACUGAGGAAGAGUUCCGGAAUGAAUUUCAUGAUGCAUGUGUUAAUGGACACUUUGAUUCUCCUGUUUAUUCCACUGUUCGGAAGCUUUUUCGAUUUCACUGCUUUUGUACUAGCCGAUUUAGAACUAAAAACAAAAUGUUAUGUAUGACUAAAUUAUUUGAAUACCUUAUAUCUGGGGCGAUUGGGUUUGAUAACCUGCGACGCAAACUGAAAGAAUAUGAUUAUUCAGCCAGAUGCAGCCUUGUGUGGACAACUAAUUACUUUGCAUAUCGGUGCAGGACUUGUGGAAUGUCUCCCAGCAUGUCUCUCUGUAGUUCCUGCUUCACUGCUGGUAAUCACGAAGGACACGACUUCAACAAGUUUAAAAGUCAUGCUGGUGGUGCAUGUGAUUGCGGAGAUGCUUGUGUAAUGAAGGAGUCAGGGUUUUGCCGUUUUCAUGGACCAGACAAAGUCCACAACCGCCCAAUACCACCUGAUGAUUUGAUUGCCCCCCUUAGAUGCCUACUUCCAAGUUUCUUAUCUGCCUUGUUAUACUGGCUGUGGGAAUAUGGCAGAGAUAAUGAAGGGUUAAAUUUCAGCGAAGAUGACACACCUGCUAUCUCAAUCCUUCAUGCAUUACAUGCUAGUGGGUGGGUAACCCAAAAGUUGAUAGCUGACGUCAUGAUUGAUAAGAUGGUUUACGAGAAAUUAAUAUUUGAAAGUGAAAGUCGAAGAGCUUGUGAGGAUUAUCAGUUAAGCGUCUCGAGCAAUCCUGAAUUCGAAUUUCCACCUAUAAUAAGCAAUCAGGAUCUGGUGCAUCAAACACUUUUGGAUGCUUUCAUAUUUUCAACAAUCAAACUGCGUUUCCCAGAAAGCUUGGUAACAUUUUUGAUUGGUUUGCUAGCUGUCGAAGCAUUUAAAGAAGAAUUUAUACAAUCUUAUCUUAGUCAUUAUACACGUAUUGCCGCGACUGUGUUACUGUCUGCACGUGCACGAAUUGCACCUGAAUGGUCAUUACAAAUGAAUAAUCGUAUUGUGCAUAUAUCAGUGCAAUUGUUCAGCGGUGAAGAAUUAGCCCUACGUGUGAUCAAACAGAGAAAUCUACAUCAUCUGCUUGUUCAUUGUUUAUUAAAUAUGUUUGCAUGUUGUCGUACUCGUUUAGAUGACAGAAGUAAUAUGGUGCUUAGCUGUGAUGGGAUAUUAAUUCAAAAUAAUGUAUUUUGGCCAUUUGUCUCUGAUUUGAGUAACUUGGUUUCGCACAAAUCGAUUGUUGAUAUCCUUGUUGAAGAUUCUGAUUUUCUGAAUGCAUGGACAAGCCUAAUACGAUAUAUGCAAUUUAUGAAUUGUUUCACAAUGAAAGAAGGAAAUCAUAUUGAAUAUGAGACAAUGACAUUCUAUCAUGCUUUUACAAUGGAAGUAGAAAUUAGUUCCAGUACAAUGUGGAACUUUUGGCAGCACUGUCGGCUUCCAUCUGAACGUGAACAUUGUUUACUGUAUACUAAAGCUUGUCUAUCAAGUUUAGCUGAUUUAUUAAAUAAUCUUGGUCGAUUAAUUUCUCCAACUGUACCCGAAACACGUCCAGCACGUUCAGCAUUAAGUUUGCAUUUACCAUUGAUGCGUCAUGUUUCGUGUUUUCUUCAUCUGUCUGUUAUGCAACAUGGUGUUAAUGUAAGACAAUUGUUGGCGGAAUAUCUUCUGCCUAAACCACGUUUAUUAAAACGUUUUAUGGAACAUUUAGUGAAUGUUUUGUUAGGUUGUCAUGAAGUCCUUAUCGGCUAUUGGAUCCGUAAUGGGCAAGGUGUCAGACAGUCAGUUGCGCAUUAUAUGCAAAGUCAGUUUUGUUAUUCAUCUAUUGAUUUGGACAUAUUUGCCUUACAAGUUUGUACAGCUUUAUUGCCACCGGCAUAUUUUCUAAAUGCUUUAGUCGACCAAACAAAAUUACUACGUGGUAUAUGCUUUCAUAAUGAACUGUUGAGUUUAAUUAUGCCACCUGAACCGAAAAAUCUUGAUCGCAAACCGAUGGCUUUAGAAGCAUGGUUAACAAAUCUUUGUUGGAUAUUGGAUUUACGUAAUAAUCUAGGAUUAUCUCAGGAAGAAUUACUGCGUAAAGAGCUUAUUUCUGUAUUGGCUCCGGAGCCACGAAAACGCAGCGAUCUUUCAAUUCUUAUUCCUGAACGCUGUGGAAUAACUAGUACAUCAGAUAAUUUGGAUAAUAUAUUGAAAAAAGUAGCUAAUUAUGCUGCACCUUCAUGUGACGAAAAUUCUGGUAGCCUUAUAAGUGGACAUUAUUUUCUACGGCCUAGUUUAUGGCAUACUGAUUUCGAUCCAAUUUUUCACAUGCUUCGAGUAAAUAGUCGAAGGGAAUCAGCUUUAGCUAUGGAGAAAUAUCGAGAACAUUGCCGUCAGCGUCAUGGUGUUACAAAUGUAUCGUCUCUAUGGCCACCAUUCCGUACACCGAAACAACUGCCAACAGAUUUUCGUGGUCUAGAUCAUGUAUUGCACAGUCGUCACUUACACUACAUACUAUUUACCCAAUUAAGUCUUUUCGUGUAUGGUGAUCCACUUGUAACCGAAGAAAGUUUGGCAAUGAUUAUUCACUUAAUCGACCGUGCCUUGGAUACGCCAUGUCGUUUACCAACAAAUAACAGGAAAGCUUGUACGCAGGUUUUUAAUGAGACACAAGAAUUCCCUGGAUCUAUUUUACCAACAUCACUUAACAUCAGUAAUUGUGGAAAUAGUCCCAUGGAGUCUAUGGAGCAACAAGAAAAACCAGAAAAGUUGCAACAAUCACAAUCAUCCAUUCAAAAAUCUCAAUCACACGACAAAGUAUUCACAGAUGAUGUUAUCAUGGAUUGGGAUAAGGGAACAUUUGAGGAGAUUAUCGAGGAUGCAGAUUCUGACAGACUAGAUCAAAUUGAUUAUGACUAUGACGACGAGGAUGAUGAUGGUGGUGGUGUUGGUCGAGAUGGCGGCGGUGGUGGUGGUAGUUCAGAUGAUCAUGAAGAAAGUGAUUUAACUAAUGAUUCACGUGGUUAUGGUAAAGUACGUGGGCGUAUGUGUGGUUAUCGUUCACCGCAUAUAUGGUGUCGUCAACCCUGGAGUAAUUCACUUUGUCCGAUAACAUCAAAUUCCCUGUACACUUCAGCUAUGCCUUCAUCUGUUAAUCGUCAUAACAAAUUUUGGGAUACAAGUUUAAUUAAUUGUCCAUAUGAGCCGCGUACAAGUAUACAAGAUAAUUUAAAUUGUUGGCUUAUGGUUUCAAGAUGUCAUAUGCCGAAUGUAUCAUGUGCUCAAGUAAUGCUGGCUAGUUUACCUAAUAAAGAGAAUAACGAUUUAAAUAUCACUAUGAGUACCGUACCUGUAUUACCUAAUACUGAGUUACAAAGUGACAGUAAAAAUGUUAUUUUGGAUAGUCUUAUUUCUUUAUUGAUCAAAGCACAUGCUCGUCUUUAUUGGAGUCGUAUUGUUGGCGGUGGUGAAGCUAUCCCGAAAAUUGCUGUUGCUGGAUCAUCUUUCACAGAACCAAAUACAGUUAUUGACUCACCUAUGACUGUAAUGAUGAUGACACCUGGCCCUGGCCUAAAUGAAGACGCCAAUAAUCUAUUAUUAACUGGACAUAAUCAAGCUAAUAAUUGGGAGGAAAUUUUGCACAAUUUUUCAAAGCAUAGUACUUCUACAAGUAGUAGUAACUUUUUGGCUGCUCGUUGUAUGUCUGUCCUAAUGCCAAAUGAAGCGGAUAAUUCUAAUGAUCGUAAUAUCCCAUCGUCUAAUUUUAAUACAGCUAAAUUCAACCCAUCAGUUAUUGCUCGUCUACCACCGGAAUUACGUUAUUUUGCAUCAACAAAACCGGCGUAUUGUCUUCCAGAGGAAAGGAAUCAAUCAACCACUGAUUCAACAAAGAGUCAGUGUUCCAGUCCUCCAUCUCAGUAUGCUGAAGAUCAAAGCGAUUCAAUGCCAACAAAUGAAUGUCAUUAUACAAAUUUCGGUGAUGGUGCCUACUGGAUAGAACGCUUGUUGGAUAAAAUUGCCUCCUUAUCAGAAAAUAAUAAGUCAGCAAUUAAAAUGAUAUCAGCAGCAGCAGCACAACAACAACAGCCACAGCAAUCGGAAGGUAGUUCGUGUAACUCAAAGAAACUUGAUGAAGAGGCGUCCGCGUGUUUACGAAAUCUUCAAGCGUCUGCAACAAUGUAUGCACCGCAUUCUAUAACAAAUGAUUAUAAUCCUUCGAUACCUCAAAAUGUGACAAAUCCUUCGUCUGUUUCACAAGUACCAACAAAUGUUACACGUGAUGAUAGAAAACGUGCAGCACAAGAACGACGUAAACGGCUUAUGGAACAGAUGGCGUCUAAACAAAAGGCCUUUGCUUCCACGCAUUUAAAGGAUAUGGAAUCGCUCAAUCAACAGACAGUAGAUCGUCAAGAUCAGUUGGAUAAAAGUGAACCAUCAUAUGAGUGUGUCAUUUGUCAAACCCCUGGUCGACCUUCUGUAGAUGAUAUGGUUCUUUUAGAUAUGAUGUGUGAAUCGAAUCUCAUGCUCCAGCUUCGAGAAACAGCAAUAUUGCCAACGUUAUCUGGGAGAGAUCUUAGCCAGUCCUCAGGUUUUCCUCCACUUCUUUCGGUUACCGAUGAGUUAUCAUGGUUAUCACCAGAACGACCACCUGUUAGUUCAUUUCUUCAAGAAACUCAAUUACUUCAUUCCACCACUUCUGAUAAUACAUCUCCUGUUAGCGGAGGUAGUCAAGCUCCAGCAGGCAUUGUUGGUCUACCUAUACAGCCAUUAAGUACAAAUUCUGGUUUUAGUUCUUCUGUUGCACCAUCACAGGCAAAACGUUCAUCUUCAUCACCUAAACCUCAUAAUCUUUCUGAAACUAAACGUUCAAAACAACAAACACGUUAUGUUGAAUCUCGUCAAUGGUGGAGUUGCGCACUGCCUUCUUUAAUAUCUGAAACACUACCAUUAUUACGCUCUGGAUUGUUGUUGCAAACCUGUGGUCAUGUGGUUCAUCGAGAGUGUUUCCAGCGCUAUUGUACACAUGGCGCGAAUAGAUCAGCUGCAGCACGCAACCGUUCUUGGGUUGCAUGUCCUUUGUGUAGAAGAGAUAUUCAUCAUCUGCUGCCUCUAGUAGCAAUGCCAAAGUCGAAUGGAGACGGUAAACAGAAUCCAUUCCCUUCUGUAGAAUAUGCUGAACAUAAUAUUACCACCCUGUUAAACCUACUAAAUGUAUUACCGAAUACUGGUUCAACUAUCUGGAAUGAUUUAAAUGGUCCCGAUGAUGAAUUAAACCUUCAACGUCGAGUUCUUUUGUCCCCGCUAAUUGGUGUUAAUUAUGAAGCUACAGUAUUAUUAAGAUCUCAAUUGGAAUGUGAAUUAAGCGUAUUAAUGAGUUUCCCGUCACAGUAUUCAAUGGUAUCACGUCGUUGCUACUGGCGUGAAUUUAUCUCAUAUCUUCGUCAGAUUUAUAAAUCGUCAUCUGAUAUUCAGAGUUUAAUACUAUGUCUUAUGGCUGAUGAUGUCACAAAGCCGGACAAUGUCGCGAUCCCAAUGUUUGCUUUAUUACAAGAUCCAGUGGAUAUUCUACUUGGAUUAUUACCUCAUAUUUGGCCACGUGAAGAUAUAUUCCACACAGUGUUAGCACUAACAUUUUGCUUAGCCUAUAUACGAGCACUUAUCAGUGUUUCAUUCAAUCGACCAACUAAAUCUACAUCUUUCAGUUUAUCUGAGCAAAUCAAUGCUACUCGACAUUUGUUGGGUAAAAUUUCCGGUGUUUUGUCAAAACAUUUGGAUAUUCUACUUACAUGUCUAAGUGAAUUAAACAUUCAAUCAUCUUGCGUCGUAGCAGAGGACACCUGUCAAUCAUCGGAGAGAUUAAAACGUGUUCUAGAUUUAUCACAUUCAACAUCAAAAUUACCAGAUGAAAAUUUUCUCAAUCAAAUACCUUCAACAUCAACAUCAGCAUCAUCAUCAUGUGAAUCAAUAAAUCUAUCAACUAAAAGUCUUCCUAUAGAAUAUGAUGAAAAUCAAAUCGAAUUGCAUAUAAUUCUACGCCUACUACCAUUUCUACGUAUUGCUAGCCUUUGUUGGGCACGUUGGCAUCCAGAACAUGUUGGUACUCUGAAACCAUUAGGAUUACCAUUUGUUGGACAGUUAGCGAAAUUAUCUAAUAAAAGUGUUGGUGGUGUGUCAAUAGAAAUGACUUGUAUUACAAAUGAACAACGAUUGGUUGAAUUCAGUGACCUCUGUCGUAUCUUAUCUUUGGACUGUGGAGAUAGUGUGGUAAUAAAUGUUGGACAGGUGGGCGAAUUAGCUGGUACUUUGUGUGGAUUGGCUGGAAGCGACAAAGGAAAUGCUAUACAGUAUCUUAUUAGACGAUGGAUAGGUCAAAUAAAAAAAGCAUCUGAAAUCUCUUCAUCUAAUUCAACAAAACCAUUAACGUCAUCAUCAUCAUCUCAAUCACCAUCAUCAGUACCAUCUGUUCUUGACACAGCUUCACGCAGUGGAAAGAGAAGUAAUAAUAAAACUGCUGUCAAUGAGUACAUGGAUAUUCCACCUCUUGACAGUCUAAAAUCACAUUUUAAAACCCAUAUAGUCGAUUAUCUACUGUCAUUGGUCGAAGUUGGUCGUCAGUUGUAUUCUCCACGUCUUAUACGUACACCAGCAUCGUUUGAUACACUUUUCAAUGCAUUACAUUUAGUCAAUUGUACAUCAAAUCAACAUCGUUUUCAAGAGAAUAUUCUCUGUUUGAUCUGUGGACGUUUAUUAUGCAGUCUGUGCAGUAAUUUAGCUACUGCUGUUGUUGAACACACUGUUCUAUGUGGUGGUUUCUCCGGUGUAGUACUUGAAGUAAACACAUCAAUUGUCUAUGUCUCGCUUGGACCCAAUAUCUGUGAUUGGGGUUCAGUAUAUUUGGAUGAAUAUGGUGAAGAAGAUUUAGAAUUAAAACGUGGUAAACCGCUGUUUUUAAAUGCUGAACGAUUUUCACUUCUGGAAAACCAGUGGAUAACUCAUUCAUUUCGUCAUGUGUUAAAAAAUUGGCGUGCUGUCUAAGAGAAGAGAGUGAGAUGAUGCUGUCGAAAAAAAGAGAAGUUAACCAGUUUCUUUCAUUGUCUCUAAAUCUUCACCAGACACUCACACAUAAAUACAUACGUAGAUACACAAAGAUACUGCCAGUUGACAACUGUUUCAAGUUAAAUUUUGAAUGUGUUUUUGUGUUCGUGUGUGUACGCAACAAUUGCAGGAGCUACAACUUCGAUUUCCUUCUUCACUCUCGUCAGCUUAAUUCAUUACAACCUGCUCACGAUCAUUUUAUCUUAAAAGUUAACAAUAUGAUACAUGUCAAGUGAUUCAGUCAACAUAUUCAAACCGAGACACAAGUACACAUGCACAUGAACACAAUUUCACAUUGUUUUUCUUAGUUUUCACCGUUUUGAAAUUUGAAUUGCCUUUUUAUUUCUAAUCAUACUGUGAUGAUGUGUUUAAUUAAUGUCUAAAUGAAAUGGAAUGACAAAAUGUGAAAUGAAAACUCUCCAGACAUGUGCGUAUUUGCUUAUUAAACCACAUAAAUGUUAUCUUACUGUUCAUUGUCUAAUUAACCAGAGAUGCAGAUAUUUCGAGGAAUAUGCUUCUUUGUUCUUUCUAUUCGUUGCCAUCACUGAUUACUGUUUAUUAUAAUGACAGAAAUGGGUUCCCCCCUCCUCCUGCUCCUCUUUACUUCCCUGUUUUAUUCUUUCAUUUUAGUUGAGACAUAAAGCGUUGUCUCCAUUCUUCCAUUAAAUUUUUCUUUCCUACUUGCUUUACUCUUCUCACCAUCUCUUCAUGGGUAGAUUGCCUAACGAACUGAUGUGGAGUUCUCUAUUGUCUCUAUUGUUCCUGUCUAAUGAUUAACAAAUUUUGCUUGACUGAGGUAUAAAUAAAUACUAGAAUAUGCAAAAAUGAUUAUCCCAACUGGGCAAGAAAAAUGAUAGUUUCAUAUGUGAAAAAAAUGCUAAAGAAAAGGAGUCUGUACUGAAUAGCCUCAUUUUAUAUUUGUUAUUGUUUUUGCUUGCCCCUUAGAGACUAUUCAUCAUCAUCAUCUUCUUCUUCAAUAACUACCUGAUUACUUUUCAUUCACUCAUCAUCUUCACCAUCAUUAUUCCUCUCUUUCGUAUACUUGUCUAAUUAAUUACUCUGUCUCUAUGUAUAUGUCAGAGUGUGUUUAUAUGCAUGCACAUGUGUGUGUGUGCGUGUGUGUUCACUACUCUCUCGUGCAAAAGUAACCAGAGGAGUUUCAGCGACGUCUUGCGAAAGAACUGUUGAGUAAAUACAGGUGUGUAGGUUGAUGAUAUACAUCACUUUCAGUCACUACUACUACUAAUGUUAUUGUUUAUUUUGCAUCUCACUUUAGUCCAUUGCCUUUUUGAUUCUCUACACUACACUACACACACACACACACAGUUGUCGUGAGAUAUAUAUAAGCAUAGGUUGUAUUACACUCUUUGUUCCCUUAUCUCUUCUUAUCAGCGUCAUCAUUCCUUGUCAAUGUCAUCAUCGGUUUACUGAUUUAUUAAAACAUUCGUUCAUUCAUUCAAUCCAUACAGUCCAUAAAUCCAAUCGAUCUUUUUUUUCUUCUUUCAGAAUUUGGGUUCUAUAUAAAAAUAAACAAAUGUGAAUAUUUCACGCACAAAAAACAAUUUGUUCGACUUCCUUUGUUUUGCCUUCGUAAUGAUUAUGAUAAUAAAUGUGUUUGUUUCCUUGUUCCUA